UCUGCGGACACACUGACACGCAGAGUGACACUUUGUGGCAGGUUGCGUGUGGGUGACAGCGGUUAGCAUCACACGCUUUACAGCAGUGGCAGCUAACGGCAGUUAGCCAAGUUAACGGGAGACGUCGUCGAACAAGCACAGUCGAGGAGAAGCGCUGUCCGACAACACACAUUUGCUAUUUGUGUGUACGGCGAGGAUGACUGUCCCGGCAGGAGAGGGAUGAAGAUGACACCAUUGUUGUGGCGAAUUGUGUCAGUGUGGCUGUGUGUAGCUGUAGUCUCCCGGUACCCGAGUUGCUAUGUUGGUUGCACAGAGUCGCACCAAGAGCCCGAGAGGCCCGUGGCCUCGCAGGACGUCAGUUCGGAGGAAGAGUUGGUGCAAAAUACUCCUGAUCACAAGGUUGAGGAGAGCUCGGUCUUGGCUGCCCAGUUGUCUGGAAAUGAGCUGUUGUUAGAAGAAACUCUGCAAAACGAUGAACAAACAACACAGGACAAAGAUACACAACAUUCCGAGACCUUUGAAGAGAUGGGGCUUGAUGUUGAGGAAGAAGUGGUGGCAGACGAGGGCAGUUCACAAACAGAACCGGAAACUCAGCCAAGUUCAGAAAAUCUAAAUUUUGAUUCAUCGGUCAUUCAGGAGCAGGAUUUAGCUGAACUGCUUCCAUCCUCUGAACCGGUCUCUGGUUUAUCUACUGAGCCUAAAGACAAUCCCGGCAUUCUCGAUCUUCAAGAAAACAUCCUGAAUGGAGUUUUAGAUGAUGCACCUGAUGUAGCUGUACCUGAGGUCAUUGAAGUGGACCUACCCCCUCCUGACUGUGAAGAACAAGAAAAUAACACAUAUGAAAGUGAGAGCAGUCCUCCAACUGUUCUGGAGAAUAGCUCCAGUUACACUGCAGGUAGUAAAGCCCUCACCGAUCCUUCUCUGACGUCUUCAGUCACUCCCACCAAACAGCAUAUAGAUGCCUACACAUCACACAUCGUGAAAGAGCAGGACCAGAGCUCCCCCGCUACCACAGACACAGAUUCCAGUGUGAGCAGCAAAGACCCAGAGGACAUACCCACUUUUGAUGAGUGGAAGAGGAAGGUGAUGGAGGUGGAGAAAGAGAAGACUUUGUUUCCUCAUGCGUCCAACAAUGGAGGUUCUCAUACACUGAAGAAGACUCAGAAGAACUUCAAUAACUAUGCCUCGGUGGAAUGUGGUGCCAAGAUCCUCGGUGCUAACCCAGAGGCUAAGAGUACUUCAGCCAUACUGAAGGAGAACAUGGACUUGUACAUGUUAAACCCCUGUAGUAAUAAGAUCUGGUUCAUCAUUGAGCUCUGUGAGCCCAUCCAGGUGAAGCAGUUGGACAUUGCUAACUUUGAACUCUUUUCCUCUACUCCCAAAGACUUUCUGGUUUCCAUCAGUGAUAGAUACCCGACAAAUAAGUGGCUAAAGCUGGGAACCUUCCACGCCAGAGAUGAACGCACAGUCCAGAGCUUCCCAUUAGAUGAGCAUCUUUAUGCUAAAUAUGUGAAGAUCUUCACCAAGUACAUAAAGGUAGAGCUGGUCUCUCACUUUGGCUCCGAACAUUUCUGUCCCCUCAGUCUCAUAAGGGUGUUUGGUACAAGUAUGGUGGAAGAGUAUGAUGAGAUCACUGAUCCCCCAGAGAGACCAGACGAUCAAGAUGAUGAACAGGAUUAUCCUGGGUAUCCUGGUGAAGUGAAAUCCAAGAAUCUGAUUGGAUCUGCAAAAGAGGUUAUUUUGAAAAUGGUCAACGAUAUUGCGGUCAACGUUCUCGGUGGAAACCCUGACAUGCAAGCCAAUAUUACAUCCCAUCAAGUGAACAUGACUGACCCAUCAGCAGAGUUUGACACUACGACCCAAACGCCCACAACAGAUGCUGUCUCGGAUCCUGACACUGAAGAAGCUGAAAUAUUACCAGACCCUGGUAUCCCUGAAACAGAAGCGCCCUCUACUGAGACUCCUGCGUCAGAGACACCUGAUGAUACAGAUGCCAGCAAACAAGAGCUCCCCCUAGUGGAGGAAAUAACAAUUGUUUCCAUAGAGAAAGAUGAGGAAAAACCCAUCAGCUCCAUGAUCACCCUUUUAGAUAAGGAAGAAGAGUUGGAUGACGGAAAAGAGAUAAUGGAUCAUCAUGAACAACAACAUCACCAGCAUGACUGUGCACUACUUUCUUCAUCGUGCUCCUGUACAGUUUCCCUUAAGGAAUAUCUCAUCCAGCAGUGUUCAGCCCUGCUGUCCAAAAAAAGGAAAUGCCAACCAUCGGACAUAAAUCAAAAGAUUCUUCCUAUAAUACCCACUUGGCACCACAGCGAGGUACAACAGCUCCAUGAAAAUGACCAAGCUGCUGAGCCGCAGCCAGAAAGUGGAGCCAGCCCGUCAGAAGCACCACCGCCUCCAGGGAACACGGUAGAGUCUCAUAAAGACUCUAUGUCCGAUCCUCCAGUGCUGGAGCCCAGUCAGACCUCCAGCCUCCUCAAACCCAGUGCCACAGAUUCCCCUGGCAUCACACCUACUCCUCCUGUGGAGACACCACUGCCACCUUCUGAGGAAACGGCGAAGGAGCAAAGGCCUGAGCAGGGCCUGGAUGUGCUGGCUACAGAGAAGCACAAGGAGCCGCCAGUCUCGCUCAGUGGCCCUGUCGAUGUGAAACCCAGUGCCACAAUUUACGAUACCGCAGCAGAAAUUACUGAGCAGGAGAAGAAGCCUAUUAUUGAUGUGUCAGAAUUAAGUAUUCCUGUCCAAAUCCCAGAUAAGUCGUAUCAGUCUGAGGUUGUCCUUCCUACCACCUCGCUUCCUUUUGAACAUCCCCCUGACCCACCAUCUGUACCUCAAAGCAGCACGGAUCCCACUGAGCUGUCCCAACCCACUCCAGACAUUGUCACAGAACUUGAGCCCUCUAGUGGCCCCUCGGUCAUCGCUGAAACGAAGACUGAGGAUUUCAUGGAGAGCGGCUCUACACUAUCAAGUGGUAACGGCCAGCUACCUCGUCCCUCUUCUCCCUUACCGACCUCACCAUCCCCGCUAGACAUCUACGCAGAGACGCCCAACGGCACAGAGCAGAAUGGCAACCAGGUGCAUGGCUCCAGCCAGAAGGAGUCCGUGUUCAUGAGACUCAACAAUCGCAUCAAGGCUCUGGAGGUGAACAUGUCACUCAGCGGGCGCUACCUGGAGCAGCUCAGUCAGAGGUAUCGAAAGCAGAUGGAGGAGAUGCAGAAGGCUUUCAACAAAACCGUCAUCAAACUCCAGAACACCUCUAGAAUAGCGGAGGAACAGGACCUGCGUCAGACCGAGUCUAUUCAGUUGCUGCAGGGCCAGCUGGAGAAUGUGACUCAGCUGGUUCUUAACCUGUCUGUCAAAGUGAGCCAGCUGCAGAGUGAGGUGUCAGACAGGCAGAACUACUUGCUGCUGUCUCUGUUGUUGUGUCUGUGUCUCGGCCUGUUGCUGUGCACCAACCACUACCGCAUCUCAACCAUUCCUUCAGUCACACAACCCAAGCCACCCAUAGCUAAGACCUAUAACUACUGUUGUCCUGAAAGGCAGUUAUCAUCCUGUAAGGAGACUGGCUUGAAGAAAAGUGCGUCCUAUCCACUGAUAAACUCCGAGUCAUUCCAAUUAACCACUGCUGAAGGCUCAGAAAUGCUGCUUGCAGACGACACACAGAGCCUUUGUUUAGGGAACAGAAAGAGGAGGCGACGAAAGAUCAAACCCAUGGACAAAGUGGAGACUCUGAAGCCGUCUUUUCAUGCUGCAUCAGAACUGAGAAAUGGAACUGUUGUAUGUAAUGGUGUGCCGGUCACCACAAAACCUGCACCCUUUACAAAAAUGUUACUACAGCCCAUCUUUAGAGACUCGGUGUCAGAGGGAAGCUCGGAGGGAUCCUCACAUUCAGACGACCCCUCCUUCUGUGGCAUCACCACAUCCUGUCCUCGAAUCUGUGACGGAAUCCCUCUGCCCAAGACCAGAGCGCAGAAACGGGCAUUUAGACGCCGGCGUCUUAAGCCCACCUGUGCCAUAGUGGACUUACUUCAAGUUCCAAAGAGGGACAAGAGGGAACCAUUGUCCAUCUGUACUAUAGAGGGCAUCAUGGAAGGGAAUACUGAGAAAAGCUCUGGAACAUUUGGGGCCAAUGUUGCUCUGUCGGGUUCAGUCUGACAGAAGAAAAGAGACAAAAGUCACUCCUCCUUCACUGUAAAACUCUUUCUAAAAGAGGCUGGAUGUUUCUGUAGCCACUGGCAGCUUAAAGCUCCAAACUAAGACUGUCCCUCUCACUCUCACUGCUUACUUUUCUUUCACAUUGUUCAGUUCCUUUUCAAAGUUUCUAUUUGUUCAAGUUAAAGUCAAACACACUUCCUCCUUGCUUGUAAUUAAAGAUUUUUUCCCUUUGAUUGGAAA